AUGUUCAGUGGUUCUAUAUCAGAGGAUGCUAUGUUCAGUGGUCCUAUGUCAGAGGAUGUUAUGUUCAUUGGCCCUAUAUCAGGGGAUGAUAAGUUCAGUGGUUCUAUAUCAGAGGAUGCUAUGUUCAGUGGUUCUAUAUCAGAGGAUGCUAUGUUCAGUGGUCCUAUGUCAGAGGAUGCAAUGUUCACUGGCCCUAUAUCAGGGGAUGCUAAGUUCAGUGGUUCUAUAUCAGAGGAUGCUAUGUUCAGUGGUUCUAUAUCAGAGGAUGCUAUGUUCAGUGGUCAUUUGUCAGAGGAUGUUAUGUUCAUUGGCCCUAUAUCAGGGGAUGCUAAGUUCAGUGGUUCUAUAUCAGAGGAUGCUAUAUUCAGUGGUUCUAUAUCAGAGGAUGCUAUGUUCAGCGGUCCUAUAUCAGCGGAUGCUAUGUCCAUUGUCCCUAUAUCAGGGGAUGCUAUGUUCAGUGGUUCUAUAUCAGAGGAUGCUAUGUUCAGUGGUUCUAUAUCAGAGGAUGAUAUGUUCAGUGGUCCUAUAUAA